AUGAGCAGUACAUUGCUGACACUCGGGCUCGUCUUUGCAGUCCCCCACGCCAUCAGAUACAUCCAAACUCAACGUCAAAAGGCCCUCCAACCAGCUCCCAAACGUGAACGAACCAACUACGAUGAAGCUUGUGUCUACCUCCUCGUCACUGCGUUUUUCGUGUUUGUAGGAGUAGCUCUCUUUAAUCCACCACCAAAUCUAAUGAACACCCUUAGUCUAUCCAUUGAUGCCCCCUCAUUUGUUGUGCGUAAUCGCUUUCGUGACUUUAUGGCACAUCAGUUUCCUGGUUGGACUGAAGGCUGGAGUAAUCCGAUCAAUGCUCCUCCUGGUGUUAUAAUGGUGCCGUUAAAGGACUCUGAUGCACCACAGAAUCCAGGCUGGGGUACUCCUGAAACACGUAAAAGGGCAUUGUAUUAUGAACGUGUUAGUGAAAAGUUGAAGUCUGAUGAUUUACGACGCAUGUAUCAUCGAUAUGGAGAGGCUGCUGUUGUUGGGUGUACAUGGUGUAAUGAGGGAUUUGAUUAUUUCUUGUGGCUGUCUCCUGGAUUAGGUGCCAGUUAUGGAGGUGUGCUUGCACUUGUUGGCUGCACAACACUGUCACGACGCAAAGAAGCAUGGAGAACGUAUGCUACUGUAGCUGCUGCGGCACUAGCUGCCAUGGAGUUGUACAUAUACCUGUCAACCGAUAUUAGGAUGCUGCCAGGCCAGAGCAUGAUGAAUACCCUGUAUGAAAUGGUGGUGUUUUAUAGAAGGAUUGCUCUAGCUUUGCUUUGUCUUACUGUGAUGGUUGUGGAUACUGGUGAUGACUGGGCUGAUGUCGAUUUAUUGGACGCAAUCACUAUGCGCUCCCAAAUACACUUCAGUCGUCUGGCUGCUGCUCGUUUAGGGCGAGGAACGACGCUAGGAGAUGAAAAGCUACGAAAGAGAUAUUUUGACUUUCAUAAAAGUCGAGAAGCUCACAAUGAUGCUGUCAUGAAGAGUAAUGAAUACAAGGAUUUACGCGAAAAGGCUUUCAAGGCAUCUGGCUUUUCUCUCGAGCGAUUAAUAGAAGACGCUCGUGGCUUCCUCCGCGCACCUCUAGAAGUCUCGGUUGCUGAAGGCCUUGUGGACGGGCUAAGCUUAAAGGAGGAGGAGCAAGUAGAAGAAACUGCUGUAGAGGAACCUGCCCCUGUCUCUGCCAAAAAGCUCAAACCCAAGUCCACAUAG